CGUUCUCACAUUCCCUCAGAUAAACUGAUAUGAUCCGACAACAUCCGAAAACCCUGGCAACCGGUGUAUGAAUGAGCCUUAUAAGGAUCUACAGGAUCUUUACUUCUGACCUACAUAAUUUACACUACCUACCGAUUGAGCCUUUGUCAUCUCCAGUCCCUUAAUUGUCUACGUCCAAUAUUUGCACGUUAAACUCCUGUUCACCCCCUUUUUUGACCUAUCGUCUCCAUACCACCCUCAAAAAUGACACUCCCAACCAAGCAAUGGGCCCAAGUAGUCGAAAAGAAAGGCGGAACCCCCAUUUAUAAAGAAAUUCCUGUCCCCACGCCAGGACCAGAUGAGAUCCUUGUCAAGAUCCGGUACACAGGUGUAUGUCAUACGGAUCUGCAUGCGAUGAAGGGUGACUGGCCACUACCACUGAAGUUGCCGUUGGUAGGCGGACACGAGGGGGCGGGGACGGUGGUGGCGAAGGGUAAUUUGGUGACAGAUGAGGAGUUCGCGAUUGGUGACCACGCCGGCAUCAAAUGGUUGAACGGCUCGUGUAUGACGUGCGAAUUCUGUCGGCAGGCAGAGUUUCCGUUGUGUCCGAAUGCUCAGCUGAGUGGAUACACGGUUGACGGCACGUUUCAACAGUAUGCAAUUGGGAAGGCGGCUUUGGCGUCCAAAAUCCCUCCAAAUGUUGCCUUGGAUGCUGUGGCUCCCAUUCUGUGUGCUGGCUUGACGGUGUAUAAGGGGUUGAAGGAGUCCGGUGCUAGGCCAGGACAAACAGUCGCUAUUGUCGGUGCCGGCGGUGGGUUGGGGUCAUUGGCUCAGCAAUAUGCGAAGGCUAUGGGAAUUCGGGUAAUUGCGAUCGACGGUGGGGAUGAGAAGAAGGCGAUGUGUGAGAAGUUAGGGUCGGAGGCCUACGUUGAUUUCAUCAAAUCCAGCGACGUGGUCGCUGAUGUCAAGGCUGCCUCUCCAGAAGGCCUCGGCGCCCAUGCUGUCAUCCUGCUCGCCGUUGCUGAAGGUCCCUUCCAGCAAGCGGUGGGAUAUGUGCGCUCGUAUGGCACCAUCGUGGCUAUAGGACUGCCCGCCGGAGCGUUUCUCAAGGCGCCCGUCUUCGACACAGUUGUUCGCAUGGUCAAUAUUCGUGGCAGCUAUGUUGGAAAUCGUCAGGAUGGGGUCGAGGCAAUUGAUUUCUUCGCCCGCGGUCUGAUCCAUGCUCCAUUCAAGACAGCUUCGCUGAAAGAUUUGCCGAAGAUCUUUGAAUUGAUGGAACAAGGCAAAAUCGCUGGUCGCUAUGUGUUGGAUGUGCCUCAGUAGAGCCAGCUAGGGUGCUCACAUAACUGAAAACGUGGGAAUACACACAAAUUCAUGUUCUAACCCUGUGCCGUGUUUAUUCGGAUGCAGAGCCAGAAUACAGAACCUUCAGUUUUUGCCUUGACGUGACUGCUGUAACCUGUAUCACCUUCAACACGAGGUUUGUUUGUAUGGUUCCUAGUCUCCAAUUUAACACUCAAAUGGAAUUUCAGAAAGACUCCCC